AUGGCCAUCUGCCGCUUGGACGAAAAGGGAACCGGUACACCCGAUGAGCUCCGUGCAGAAGCUGAACAAGUAUGGGCAGCCACAAAAGAAGAACUAAAGAUAUCCGAAGCAGCAAAGCCGAAAGCUCCAGGGGCUGGCCGCAAGAUAAUCGUGAGCAAGGAUUUUGGCACGAUGAUACCACUUACACCAGCGAAGGAUGAAGCUAUCCAGGAAGUGGACCCACCCCGGGGAGGAAUCUGUAUACCGAAGGACGUGAUCGAUGAGACUGACACUCCAAACUCCGUCCACGUUACGAGCAACUAUGUCCGUGUCACCAGAAUUCCUCAAAAGCUAUAUGUCUAUACACUGGACUUCUGGCGGCCAGAUUCCGGAAUCCAGGGCGGUAAAACCUAUUACACCAAGCGUCGGGAAAUUCACGGUGCCUUUCAAGCUAUGAUCAAAGCCGGAGUCCUCGAUUUCGGCGCCGAUGUCACAUGGGCGUCCGAUUCCAAGGACCUUUGGUGUACUGUAGCUCUACCAGCAUGCCCGGCGGUGCCUGGCAUCACUUUCUCAACCGACAAGUUCCGUUAUCGACAGAUUGAUGGCAAAGAGGCAGAUGACUUCCGGGCAACAGUGUCCUUCUCUCUCGUAUUAGACGACAUUCCAGGCAAACUUACAACUCAGGAUCUGGCCAACCUAUCGGAUUACAUUCGUGCGCUCAACGCCAUUGUUGCCAAAUCAGUACACGAGACCGCUGAAGCUGAUCAGAUACAUCUCACUCAGAUCGGAGCCAACAAGUUCUACCUCAACGGCGCCUGGACCGAUAUCAAGGGGCUGCGAGCUGUUCGCGGGUACUUCACGUCGAUCAGGCCUGGCCGAACCUCUACACUUCUCAACGUCAACACUGCUACAUCUGCCUUCCUACCCCCGGGGAACGUAUCUAACCUACUGCGACAGAGUAAUGUACUGCCAAUCAAAACAGCUGGGGGCAAGAACUACAUCGAAAAGUUGCUCAGUGGCUCUUUGGUGAGAGUUCUGUAUCAUCGACAGAACUACACGAACAGCAAUGUAGACUACAACUCCCACGAAAGCCGCACGAAGACAUUCAUCCAGUUUGGAGAUUCGGUCGACAUUCAGAAGUUCUACAAGCUGUUGAAGCCUACGAAGGGUCAGCCUCGACAGCUUGACCUUAGCGACAAGCAUGGCACAACUGUGCGUAGCUACUUCAAAAAUACAUGUCUCCUGGAGAUCGUCCCCAACCAGACAACAAAGGCGACGCUGGGCGGCAUGCACACGUCGUCUAUGCUCGAUGUCGCAUUGCGAUUGCCCAACGCCAACGCUACGUUCAUCGAGAAAGAAGGUUUGGUACGACUAGGCAUCAGGAACCAGGCAGCGCAAAGCCCACUUACCAAGCUAGGCUUCGAGGUGAGCACAGAUUUGAUCACAAUCCCAGGCAGAAUACUGGACCUUCCACGACUCUACUACGGGCCGGAGAAAAGUCAAGCAGUCGCUUCAGAACUUCAAGCGGCGCAAUUACGCGAGCUCACUACGCGCAACCGCGAACUGUCAUCGUGGAAUCUUGAGCACGUCACCUUUGCCAAGCCGAGCAACAUCGGAAAACUGCAUGUGCUUGCACUCAAAGAUAGCAGACGGUCCCUUCACGAUGCGCAAUUUGUUCGAAAUAACAUGGUCGCAACACUUCAGUCACACAACAUGCCUUUGACAGCUGGAGAGUGCGCCCUGCAGGACGGUGCACAGCUCAAUGAUAAACUCGCGACAUGGUACUCCGACAAUCAUGUGGAUGCCAACGACUGUACCCUUGUGCUCUUGGCACAGAAAGAUCUCCUUAUUUACUCGCAGGUUCGGCGGCAAGCCGACCUCGAAAGUGGCAAGCACACUAUUUGCGCUUUGGGCCCCAAGCUAGAUAAUGCCCAGACCCGAUCCAAUCUCGCCCUGAAAGUCAACAUGAAAGGAGCUGGAGACAAUCACCAUUUGGACGAAGCCGUGCUCAACACACUCCUGGGAUCCGAGCUACGCAAGAGGACGAUGAUCCUAGGAGCUGAUGUUACCCACUCCGGUGCUGGCACUAAGUCAGGCAGUCCCAGCAUUGCCUGUGUGGUCGGCAGCGUGGACAGGCAAUUCAUGAACUACCCUGGUUCAAUGAGGCUUCAGGCUGGCGGGCAGGAGAAACAGCAAAUAGCCAAAGAACACCUAGUGUCCAUGGUCAAGGAACGCGUCCUCGCAUAUACCGACAACAUCGAAAACAAGGAGAUGCCGACCUCCAUGCUCUUUUACAGAGAUGGUGUGUCAGAGUCCCAGUUCAACAUGUGCAAGGACGAAGAGAUUCCCGCAAUCUUAGAAGGUUAUGAACAGGCCGGCGGCGACGCUACAAAGCUAAGCCUUACUUUCGUGAUCGUUGGUAAACGUCAUCAUACCCGAUUCUACGCGACAAAAGAAUCUCAGACGCGCAAGUGCACCGUCAAUCUCGGUGGGGGCGAGAAGGAGUAUGGCGUCAUCAACGGUAACCUCAUGCCCGGUCUACUGGUCGACGACGUGGUCACCAACCCUGGCAACUACAACUUCUUCCUGCAAUCUCACUGUGCCAUCAAGGGUACCGCGCGUUCAGCUCACUACCACGUUCUCCAGGACGACAUGAACCUUGGAUCGGCGUCUCUCCCCGACUUGACGAUGCAACUCUGUAGCGCUUUCAGUCGCGCCACGCAUUCCGUCUCCUACGUGGCCCCAGCAUACAUGGCAGACAGAUUAUGCGAACGAGGUCGGGCUUAUCUACGGAUCUGGGCGAGCAACCAUGACCAAGGCGAGCUGUUUGAGCUUCCUCAGCAGGCCAACGGCAAAAAGGCCAAGCUUACCAAAGAGCAGUUGAUGAACCUGAAGCAUGGCUUUGCUCUCAAGCUUGCGCGCGACAAGACUGUCUGGGGCGAGCAUUACCACGACGACCCAAAUGACGACAGUAAGCCGCUCAGGCUGAGCCCAUGGCACCCAAACCUUGAUCAGGGCAUGUUUUGGAUGUAA